AUGAAAUAUAAAAGAAAUGUUUUUUUUUCUAAAUCUUUAAAAUUUGGACACAUUUCCAUAUUUAUAAUUGGAAUAAUAUAUGGUGUAUUAAAUAAAUUAUUUAUAAGUGAUGUAAAUUCCUGUUAUUCAUUUAGUAAUAGUAUAUUAUAUGAAAGACAAUUAAGCGAAAAAGACAAUUUAUUAUAUUCAGCUGAACAAAAUGUGGAACCUGCAGUUAUGGGACAAUUUUUUUCAUUAUCAAAUGAGAAAUCAUUUUCUAUUUCAGAUGAUAUAUAUAUAGAAGAACAGUCAAUUGUGAAUUUUAUUGAUAAUAUAAUUGAAGAUUUAGAACAAUAUAAGUUAUGGAAUAAUUACAUGGUAAUUCCGCAUAUGAAACAGUAUCCACCCGUUUUCAAUAAUGAAAAGGAUAUUGAAUUAAAUAAUAAAGUUGAUAAUUUAGAAAUAAAUAGAGAAGAUGUUAUAAAUGAAUCAGAAAAAUUGUGGUUAGAAAUAAUGAAAAAUGAAAAAAUAAAAUUUGCUUCAUUAAAGUGUAAACUAUUUAAUCAAUAUAAUAAAUUUAAAAAUAAACAUAAUAUACCAAAGAAACAGUAUGAACAAGUAUGUAAUCAAUGCAAAAAACUUAUUGAAAUUGCUGAGAAAUAUCUUGAAUUGAAAUUAAAUAAUAUAUUUUAUGAAUGGCAUAAUCAGAAGGUUUUCUGUAUUGAAGAUUUUAGAAGAAAAAUUGAGAGAUCUCGAAUAGCUUGGAAAGCUUUAUCUAACAAAAUUCAAUAUUUAUGCAAUAAAAUUAUAAUUAAUUGUUUAGAUAAAAAUAAAUACAUGAAUGAAAUGAAAAUAAUGAAAGAAUGGAAAGCAAAAAAAAAUGCUGUAAAAAUUGUAGAAGAGCAAGACAAUAAAAAGAAACAAGAAGAAAAUUCUUCUAUGGUGGAAGGAUUAUAUUCUGCUGAUGAAAAAUAUGAUGCGCUUAUUACAGAUGAUGAUUUGAUAUUUGAAAUGUUUGAUGAAAAUAAAGAAGACGAUAUAACAGAAGAGUUUGUAAAUAAUGAAUUAGAUGAAGAUGAUACUAUAAUGGAAGAAUCUGAAGAAGAAGAAGAUGAAGCAGUUUCCGUAAGUGUUCCUGAGGUAUAUGAUGAUGAAGCUACACCAAAUGAAAAUGUAGAAUCAGAAGAAAGGUAUUAUUUGGAUAAGGAAGCAAAUAGAUUAUUAUUUAAAAAUGACAUAUAUAACGUUUGGUCAUCUGAUGUAUCAAAUAUGUAUGUAGAUACAACUUACUAUGACAUAUUAAACGUACAUCCUUCUUGUGGAUUAAGUGAAAUUAAGAGUAAUUAUUAUAACUUAGCUUUAAAAUAUAAUCCAGAAAACAAUUUAGGUAAUGAUGAAGCAUUAAUAAAAUUUAGGGAUAUAAAUGAAGCUUAUCAAAUAUUAUCUUUUGAACAAAGAAGGAUGAAUUAUAAUAAAUAUGGAUUGAAUGCUACAAAAGAUAUGUUAUUAAUAGAUCCAUCUAUAUUUUAUGUGAAAAUGUUAAGUAUAGAAAAGUUUUCUGAUUAUAUUGGAACUACACAGAUAGAAUCAUUUCUAAAAAUAUUAUCUGAAAAGAAUAUAGCUUUGCAUGAAUUGGAUCAAAGAUUUGAAGACAUUAUGAAUUUGAUGUAUGAGAAACAAGAAGUACGAGAAGUUAAAUUAGCCUUAUAUUUAAGAAAUAAAUUACAGCCUUAUAUAGAUGGGGAUGAUCAAUGGAAAAAACAUAUGGAAGAAGAAGUGAAAGAAUUAAAUAAAUCAAUAUUUGGUACUUUUUUUUUAAAAUCCAUAGGAUGGAUAUAUACAAAUCUCACUCAAUGUUAUAGGGAAAAGAAUGGACAUUUAUUUGGCGUAAAUGUAAAAAUGGCUAGCAUGAAAUUCAAAAACAGGAAUGAAAAAAAUCAUCUAAAAGUAUCAAAAUCUAUGAGAAAUUUGUUGUCUAUAAUUAAAGACUAUAUACCUCGUAAUGAAAACUUGGCUGGUGUUAUUAAAAAGAUAGAAUAUUUGAAUAGUGAAAAUGAUAUUGAAAAUAAUGUAAGCAACGUUAAUGAAGGGUUGACUAGUAAUGAUAAUUCAAGUAAUGAUGAAAAUGAAUGUGAAAAUGAAAAUAGUAAUGGAAAACCUAAAGGUAAUAAGCUACUAAACGAUAAGGAAAAGAGAAAUCUUUUAUAUUUUAUGAUAAAGAAUAUGAAAAAUAUAGUUCAGGGUGAUAUUGAACUAACGAUUAGGAAUGCUGCUGAAAAAGUUUUAUUUGAUGAAGAUGUAGACAAGGAAACACAAUUAAAAAGAGUUGAGGCUUUGGAAAUUUUAGGAAAUAUAAUGAAAACGUAUUCAAACGAAAAUAAAAAUUGGAAAAAGGAUCAGGAAGCUGAUAUUGAAAAUAUUAUUGAAAAAGUAAUUAAUGUGUCAAAAAUGGUUAAUAAUGAAUGA